UAUCAUUACAGAGACCAUCGAUGUCCAUAUACUCGAUGUCAAAGUCAGCGCUGGAUAUGUUUACCAAAUGUUUGGCGCUAGAGUUGGGCCCCAAAGGGAUUCGUGUGAAUGUUGUCAAUCCGUCGGGAGUGAGAACUGAUUUCUCUCAGGCCAUGGGUGUGGACAAGGAUUCAGUGAACAGCCUGUUGGAGGUGACGGGUAGUAGUUAUCCAUUGGGCAGAAUAGGAGAGCCCAUAGACAUCGCGAAUGCGGUUCUGUUUCUGGCGUCAGACGAGUGUUCAUUUGUGACGGCAAUCAACUUUGUGGCCGAUGGGGGCGCCCUUUGGGGGGCACCCCCUCCUAAACUCAGAUAAAUUCAAUCAUAUUCAACAGACCGAAAAGUAAACUUUUUAUCAAUGA